AUGGAAGCGAAAAUCAAGACUGAACCUCACUUCACUCCAAUUCGUGAGCAAUGGGACUCAUUGAAAACAAUGUUUCCCAAACCCGAGAUGAGUGAGACUAGUACUCAAGACGAUGACUUGGAGGCUCAGAUCCGCGAGGCCCAAGCCCAACUCGCCCAGCUGAAGAAGCAACGCGAGCUCAUCGAGAUCCAGCAGAAGGUGGCCGAGGAGACAAGGGAGCUUGAACUAGCUCGGAGAAGGCUGUCAGCUACAGCUAAUUCGAGUUCCCCUCUCACGACCGCUUCCAAAGCAGACAUACGACCCAAGCCCCAAGGCCCAGGUCAAGGGCCUCCAAAGAAGCAAUGCGUUACCCGUGGAUCUCUACCACCGACCGGACCUGCAAGUCAAACUCCUACACGCCGUUCCUCCGAUCCUUCAUCGCCCCAGACUCAGAAGCCUGGCCACCCCAAUACCCAACUGAAGUUCCUUUCGCCAAAACAACCUGCUAAAACUCCAGUGAAGCCUUCGCCCAACCAGGUCUCUAUCACGACGCCUCAAAACCAACAACAGGCUUCGGCCAAUGAUUCCAUACCCUACGGCUCCAGUCCCAACCUCGACCAGCUACGCGCCCUCGCUGCUGCCACCCGCACCCCCUCCAAGCCUCCAACCCCUCAACCAUUGGGUAACAACACACCUUCGCAGCCCGCCUCCACCGGCAAACCCCCAAACCCACCCAACCUACCCGUCUACCACGGCCGAGCACUGGGGGAAUUCAAGCACUUCACAACCUGCAUCGAGCGCCACUUCGACAAAUUCCCAGAGUGGUUUACAACCGAAGAGCGCAAAGUAGCACGAGCCCAGAAUGGCGUCUCCCUCAACCUAGAAGACGGCUGGAAGCACCAUCUACGCACCACCGCAACCCAAAACACAUACGCCAAUUUCUGCACAUUCCUCAUCGAGCAGCUCCAAAAUGGAGUGCCCGCGGAGUUCGCCAAGUCCCGGUAUUACGGAUGUUACCAGCGGUCUUCGCAGUCUAUUUCGGAUUUCUCAAAUUGGAUUAUGCAGUGGCCGGCACAUUUCCAGAAUCACGAUUCGGAGCGUGAUCGCAUGCGCCAUCUUUUUGAGCACGCCCUGAAUAAAGUGCAGAAGGCCUGUGAGAAGACACACUUGGAUUUCGAGCAUUAUCACGACUUUGUAGGAUACCUGCAGAGUGUGGAGGACAGACUGGAACGUGGCCCACUCAGUCGAGAGAGGGAGAAUCCUCGGAAGCGACCAAGGGAUUGA